UGCAAACGAAUCCUUGUUGAUUGAUUUUAGAUUAGUAGUUAAAAUACCAAAAUGAAAAGUUGUGUCUUUCUUUGAUCUUUUCUUUUAAUCCCAUCCAAAAACUGGAACCCCCUCUUAAGAUCUCUAUUUUGUUUUCUUUUUUCAAAUCGACACAGAAAGAAUUGAUCUUUUGAGAGGGUGCCAGUUUCUUUUUUUUUGUUCAUUCAUCUUCUCCAAUCUUGUUUUUGCAAUUUUUUCCCGGGAAAGUUUUCAUUUUUAUUAUUUUUUUGGGGGAGGGAUUGAAAAAAAGAUUUGAGAAAAAUGUGGGGAGCCUUCGCAGAACCAGCAGAUUCUUAUUACCAGAUUCGUCCUGAGUGCACUGAUGUCCCCAAUACCAAAUUCAAGAUCAAACCUGGUAAAACUCUGAGUGUAAGAAAAUGGCAAGCUGCAUUUACAACAGAAGGGUUCCUUGAUAUGGGCAAAACUCUUAAUAGAAUCCAACGAGGGGGGAUCCAUCCAUCGAUUAGAGGAGAAGUCUGGGAAUUCUUACUUGGUUGUUAUGAUCCAAAGAGCACAUUUGAAGAAAGAGAGCAAAUCCGACAACGUAGAAGAUUGCAGUAUGCUUCUUGGAAGGAGGAAUGUAAACAAAUGUUUCCCGUUAUCGGAAGUGGUGGAUUCAUUACCGCACCUGUAAUUACCAGCAAGGGUGAACCCAUUUACGAUCCUCUUGUACUACAAGAAACAAACUUAGGUGCGAAUGGAUCAGAUUUCUUCAAAGAGCUUGCAAGCCGCGGACCUUUGGACCAGAAAGUGAUCCAAUGGCUGCUAACACUUCACCAGAUAGGUCUUGAUGUGAAUCGCACAGAUAGGACUUUGGUAUUCUAUGAGAAAAAGGAGAACUUGUCUAAGCUCUGGGAUAUUCUAGCUCUUUACGCCUGGAUAGAUAAUGACGUUGGUUAUUGCCAAGGUAUGAGUGAUCUUUGUUCACCUAUGAUUAUGCUUCUUGAAGAUGAAGCUGAUGCUUUUUGGUGUUUCGAACGAUUGAUGCGCCGAUUGAGAGGAAACUUUCGGGACACAGGGAGAUCAGUUGGAGUCGAAGCACAACUUACUCAUUUGGCUUCAAUCACUCAGAUUAUUGACCCUAAACUUCAUCAUCACUUAGAGAAUUUGGGUGGUGGUGACUAUCUCUUUGCGAUUCGAAUGAUCAUGGUUCAGUUUCGAAGAGAAUUCUCUUUUUGCGACUCCUUGUACCUUUGGGAGAUGAUGUGGGCAUUAGAGUAUGACCCAGAGAUGUAUUCUCUAUAUGAAGAGCCUCAGUUCGAGGGAGAGAGAACUGAAGGUUCCUCCAAAGGUAAACCGAAGUCGAUAAACCAAUGUGGGAAGUACGAGAGAGAGAACAUGAAGAAUGGAGGGAAAAGCGCGGAAGGUCCUUUGCCUAUUUCGGUUUUCUUAGUGGCUAGUGUUUUGAAAGACAAGAGUUCUAAGCUAAUGACGGAAGCUCGAGGACUCGAUGACGUUGUAAAGAUCUUAAACGACAUAACUGGAAACUUAGAUGCUAAAAAAGCCUGUACUGGUGCAAUGAAACUUCACAAGAAAUAUCUGAAAAAGCAGGCUAAGAAAUAGCACCGGAGAAGAUUCGAGAGUAGUAGCGUUUUUGUAUGUUGUUGUUAAUACAAUAUUCGUUAACUCACAAAAUCCGGCGACAAAAAGUGACUGGCCCAGAGAUUUAACGAUUCCUUGGAUGACAAGCAGCUUUCUGAAGAAAAGAAGAAACCAUUGGAGCCCCAACUUACACGGCAACUUCUCGUUGUAAAACUGUUCAUACAAAUUCAUGUUGUAAUCUUUGUUUCCACACACAAAAAAGAACUAUCAUCGAUUCCUUUCUAAGUCAUUGUUGUAAGCCGGAUCAUAUAUGUAAAUAAGGAUGGAGUAUUUGAAUUCCAGGUCAGACAUGAGUAUACUGUAUAUGUUCAUAAAAGAAAUGUAAAACUUUUGUUUUUUUGCUA